GAGCUUCGUCGUGCUCGCGACGCUGCAGCUUUCUGUUGUAUUCGCGUAUUGUUGUUGUUGUUGUUGUCGUCGCCGCUACUGCCGCUUCGACGUGGCAGUGAUCUCGUGAGUGAUCGAUGUUUCAUCUGCGGAAGGCUUUGCUCGGGGUCAUGUGCAGCUAAGGUGACAAACAAGAGGUGGUGCGCGAGUGCGACGUACGCGCGUGGGACAGAAUGGAGUCGCGACGCAGUCGUCAUCAUCAUUAUCAACAGCAGCAGCAGCAGCAGCAGCAGCAGCAGCAGCAGCAGCAGCAGCAGCAGGUUGACCAGCAAAGUGGUGACUCGUGCGGCGAGAGCGACAUGGAGGGUCUUGACCUCUCGCUGUUCGAGCCUCAGGCCGACACGAAUUCGUGGUGCGGCGACAUCAGCGGCAGCGGCGCCAGUACGGCUGGCCGCGUGCACGCCGGCUUCCUUUACCUGCUCGUCCAUUAUUGCGAGGCAGACUGCUGCGUUGGCGACCCAAGCGACGAUGCCUGCUGGGAACCUUGCUACUGUGUACUCCUCCAGGACGAGCAAACACUCACUGCCUAUAGAAGCGAGGAUAUGGCGCAAUUCGCUGGGACAUCCUGUAUGUUCAAGUCUGCGAGCAAGCUGGGCGACGCGAUGUUCGUCGAGCUACCACGUGUACGGCUUGACGGUGGCACACGAGCUUUCAGACAGCAUUGGGGCUACGAGGCUUCGCGGACAUUGGCGCCACCGCCGCCACUCAUCGAAGAGGACGAGCAUGGCAUCGAACCUGAAACUGUGAGCCUGCGCGAGGCCAACACCGCGUCUCCUAUAGGUAAAGCUCGUACACAUACCAUAAUGAUUAUACCCGUUGGCAUCAUAUCUGUACCGUAA